AUGGAGGUCCUGUCUUUGCGUAUUAAAAUCAAGGCCAGAGCUGCAUGCUCUAUUCGCAACGAGGUAUGGUUCGCCCUCCAAAAGGGUGGUCUUGCGGUCUACGAUGCAGAAACACACGAGCAUCUGAAUGAUAUACCAAUUGAUCUGGACGGCUGCAAAGCCCCUCAAAUAAGGAGGGUAGCCGCAGUGCUCAAUGAAGUAUGGGCUGUUACUUCUGACGGGCAGGUCUUCUCUGUGGACACGCGAAGCUACAAGAUUACAAACAAAUUGCAGCUUCCUGGAAGCGGAAAAAAAGUGGAGCUGAUGGAUAUUUCCUUCAAUGGAUGUUUGGUCAUUCUAGCCUCAGAGGCAGGUUAUGUGCUUGGAUUCCAUCCAAGCACAAAAGAGUUAGUAUUUUCGUUCCCUACGUCGGCUCCCUGCACGGCGGUGAUGCAGUUUUCGUCAAUAAUUGCGGCAGGUGACCGAGAGGGCGCAUUGUAUUUGUGGGACACGCUGACAUCGAAAUGUCUGUCUGUUCAUACUCAAGGCAGGAGUGAUGUUCUCAAGCUGUUGUAUGAGACCACGCACAACAGGCUCUGGGUGGCACGUCGCAAUUCUAGCAUUGACUUAUAUGACUUUAACCCAAGUGACGGUAGACUGCUAUUUUAUAAACGGUUGACCUCGGUUGGGAUCGUGACCGGCAUGGUGACGGUAGGUGGGAGGGUGGUCGUGUCGACGCACGAAAAGCAGCUUGUCAUUGUCGAUGUGGCUAACGCACGCAUUUUGCACACGCAAGAGGAUACCCAUAAAAUGUUUAUUCACGAUGUUGUCAAGGUGCGACACACGGAAAUUGCCGAAUUAUGGAGCCUAGGAAAUGACGGUGCGGCCUUUGUGUGCUUGGUGAACGGUUGCGCUGGGCCGGUGUACGUGCCACCCCUUAUGGGCCCUAAAGUGCUGAAACCAUCAUCAAGCUCGUUGGAUAGCGUCAAAAAGACUGAGAAUAAACCUCUUGCAGCGGCUAUGGCAUCUGAGCAGAGCAAACUCUUUGAUGUCCUGGACGAUCUGCGUCGAGCCCGCGAAGAGGCACAGGAGAUGCGUUUGCGUUCCACGAGGCUAGAGGAGUCGCUCAAAGUCAAGAAUGAUGAGAUUGCAACCCAAAGCAAGGAGCUGAAGGACCUGGCGAAUCGCGUAAGUGCGCUCACCAAAAAUGUGACAGAUAUCACAAGCGAGAAGCGAUCCGUAGAACGUGAGUGUAUAGCGCUUCAAUCAGAACUCAAUCUUGCGAAGAGUGACGCUUUGCGAGCAAGUGCGGAUGCAGCGAGCCAAAUGGCUGUGAAAAUUCGCGCACAAGAGGAGGUAUCUCAGCAAAAAGCGGAUGCUGCCCGUAUGGAACAGCACCUCCGUGAUACAGAGAGUCGGCUGGCUUCUUUGCAGGCGGAGAAUAUACGAUUACGCGAGUCUGUUGACAAUAACAUAGCAUCCAAAAGCAUUAGGAGAGAGGCGCCGCAGAUUGUGGCAGGAUCUCCAGCUCCAGAAAGACUGGAGUUGGAGAAGACAUUACGGCUAAAUUACUCGCUGAGUUGUGCGCUAACAUCCAUGGAGUGCACCCUUCGUCGCAAGGAGGAGGAGGAGAAGGAUUUGAAUGCGUUGCUUAACGCCUACCGUCUCAAAGCCGCAGACCAUGUCAGCGAUUCUUGUCUUUCUGCUUUGCUUAUCGCGAGUAUCAUGCGCUGCCCGGAUCGAUUCGAAUUGCAAUGUAGCAAUCGGAUUCUAUCACAAUUUCGUUCAUAUUGUAGUCCAUUUAUUAAUUUUCUCGACUCCUUACGGAACGGAGAUCCGGAAACAUACCAAGGUCUAGUGCAGCACCUUCACCAGCAUGCCAUUGGUUCAGCGAUGUCACCCCAAACCCAGCAGAAUUUAGAUCAGUUGCUAGUCUUGGCCUUCAAAGAGGGAGACUUGGUCGGUGCCGAUGCAUUAGCAGCCUUUAAGAAAGCUAUUUCUACCCGCAUAACUAGCGGCCGCAAUGAUAACCCCGUGCUUGGGGCAUUGCCAGCCCCGAUAAGGCAGAAACCUCCUCCGAACGAAACGGGUAGCGCGUCUGAGUCCCUUCCAUCCGCCGUUGGGAGGGCAGCGGAAACAGUGAGAACUGUUGGUGCAUCUAUGGCAACGCCAGUAAGCGAGAAGGUUGCAGGUAUUUCUCUUCAUCCUAUCCAGAGUAUUACAAGCAAAAUGGACAUUGAGGAGUAUCGCAUGGUGUUCGAAUUCAUUUUGUUUACUAGACGUCCGCUGAUAGAGCAUUUGGUUCUUCUGCAUCGGUCAAUUCUUAAUCUGAGACAGAAAGUUGAGGCACUCGCGUUAGAACCCUUUCCGACUUCGACUCUUCCUGUGCAGAGUUCAACCUAUACCCCAGCUUCCUCCCAUGCAAACCUGGAAAAUCCACUUCAAGCAAUCAGACCUGCGAUCACGGAGAUUGAAGAGCUCGUUUCCUUUGUUUUUGACAUUUACCUCACUGCUGCAGAGAAGCAGCGACUAAGCGUGGGGUAG